AUGGGCCAGAAAUUAAUGCCUAGUUUUGGCGGUUGGCUUGGCAGUAUUGAGUACGGGGUCAAUUACCCAGGAAAGACAGGCAGAGUGUGGAAGGAGGAAGUUGAAGUUAAGAUCCUUCUCUUCUACCUGAUCUUCUAUGGCUGCCUGGCUGGCAUAUUCAUUGGGACCAUUCAAGUGAUGUUGUUCACGAUCAGUGAAUUUGAACCUAAAUAUCAGGAUCGAGUGGCACCACCAGGACUAACACUGAUCCCGCAGGUACUAAAAACAGAAAUUUCCUUUUCUAUUUCUGAUCCCCAAAGUUAUGGACAGUAUGUGGAGGGCCUUAACAAAUUCUUGAAGAACUAUGACAGUGAUCAACAAGCCAGCGAUAUGAUAUUUGACACUUGUGCUGACAAACCCGAUGACUACAUAAUGCGAGGAGCAUUUAAUAAUGCCCAAGGUCAGAAGAAAGUCUGCCGGUUCAAACGUGAAUGGCUAGAAAAUUGCUCCGGAAUAGCAGAUUCCAGCUAUGGAUACAGAGAUGGAAAACCAUGUGUCGUUGUCAAGCUCAACAGAGUUCUAGGCUUCAAACCAAAGCCUCCAUUAAACGAGAGCCUCCCUGCUGAGGUGAUGGGAAAAUACAAUCAAUACGUCAUGCCUGUUCAUUGCAGUGCCAAGAAAGAGGAAGAUGCUGACAAAGUUGGCCCUGUUGAAUAUUAUGGGAUGGCUGGCUAUGCUGGCUUUCCACUGCAAUAUUACCCGUACUAUGGCAAGCUGCUCCAGCCAAAAUAUCUCCAGCCUCUCCUAGCAGUGCAGUUCACUAACCUGACCUACGACACAGAAGUGCGUGUGGAGUGCAAGCUCUACGGUGAAAACAUAGGUUACAGUGACAAAGACCGUUUUCAGGGACGUUUUGAAGUGAAAUUUGACAUAAAGAGCAGCUGAUCAUAAGCACAAUUUUCUUUUUCCCCUCCUAGCCAUUUAAAAAGUAAAAAAACAAAAACCUACUAGUCUUGAACAAACUGUCAUACGUAUGGGACCUACACGUAAUCUAUAUGCUUUACACUAGCUUUCUGCAUUACUAGAUUAGAAUGUAAACCUAAAGUGUAGCAAUA